AUGUUGUGGUCUCGAUACACCCUCAUCGGUGCAAUUGCCGCUGCUUUGGGCGGAAGCACUGGCGUCGGUGCAUCAGCCCAGUGGGAGGUGUACGCGAAAAGACAGGAACCCGCUGAAUCCGACCUAGUGGCCACUACAUUGGAAUCUCCCACUACGGCAGCGACUAUAGACGGCUCCAUGACCGCGAUGACUUCGACUGCAGCGGAGACCGCGACGAUAACAACUUCUAAUGCUGCCACGGAAUCCACUUCGGAAACCGCAGCAGCGACGCCCACACAAUCCGUCCCCGCAGCACAACCUACGGAUAGUGAUGUGAAGGCGUGUCAUGCCGAUACCGAGAGUGCCAUAUACCCGUUCUGCGAGCCAACCAACGGGCAAGAAGUCUACGUCGACGAAUCCUAUUAUGUGACAUGGGACGUCGAUGCCUUUAAAAUCAACUCCACCGUCCAAAUCAACCUUGACUAUGUCAACACAACCCAAAACGAAGGCAGAUCAGCCUACGCCUCCGACCGGAUCCCCAACAAAAUCGGGUUCGUGACGCUUCAAAUGGACAAAAUCUGGCUCCGCGACGAAUCACGCAAUAACCUGACCCUAUAUCUCCUGAAUUACGAUUUAGCUACCGAAGAUCACAGCAUCAAGAAAGCUGGCCCCAUGAUUUCCCUCACCAAAAAGCCAGUUCAGCAUUACCCCCCGCCCCCGCCAUCCAAGCCUAAUAAAUUGGGCCUCGCGGUCGGCCUACCAAUCUCUUUAGCCGUCGUCUUCAUCAUCGCCUGCGGACUGUGCAUUGGGAUGCGCAAGCACCGCCGCAUCGGGCUAGGCAGCAUCAUGGGCCGUCGCAACAGAGGGUACGGCGGCGCCAAAUCGAAAAUCGAAAGACUCGGCCGGGGCCGACGCCGAGAUCGGUCGAUUCGAAUGGACGAUCUGGAGGACGCGGACCGGUAUAUGGACAAUCCGCACGAGCGAGCGGAUACGGAUAGGUUCAACGAGGUUGAGAGAUCUCAAGGAAAUGCUUUUAGAACGGAACUUCCGAAGCUGAAGACUUGGAGGUAG